CGAAACGAGAAACUAUUUGUUUACCGAGUUGUGCCAUAUUCUUCCACUUGUAAUUGCUUACAGCGAAGACAAAAACAAAAUAUGACUCAGGGAAAGUGGAUAAAUGUGGUAAUGAAUCGAUCAAGUGCAUAUUUCUGUGUUCAUUAUUCGAUAUGAUAACACUCUAUCGAUCAGUCGUCUACAAAAAGCAUGGUUACGGACCACUAUCCACCAUAAACUUUUCGGGUGGUGGCACAUUUUUCGCAAAUAAUCCGUAAAUAAUCGUAACAUGGUUGUUGGCUUCAUCUGCAGCCGUUUAUGGAAAUCCAAACCAUCGGAAGCGAUAUCGAUAAGGAUCUGUCUAGCAGCUUGGGAUUGAAUCAUGGAAUGGGUCGCAUCACCGGAUCGGCCAGUAUCGAAACACUGGUCCGUGUGGGAAUCGAAAAGGAGCAUGGUCUCAGUCCGGACAGCAAAAUGGUAGUUCUGCAUGAUUUCACGCCUUGUGUUGACGAUGAACUGGAAGUGAAGAGGGGUCAAAUCGUGAAUAUUCUGUACCGCGAGAAUGACUGGGUAUACAUCAUAGGUCAGGACACUCGCCAGGAAGGAUUUAUUCCUCAUUCGUACUGUGCACCCUUCAAUACUCAGCUAGCAGAUCUGGCUAUUAAGAAAAAGCUGCCACGAGUUGUUUCUGUGGGUCUGACAAAUAAUGACCUGACGGAAGGCAUCCCGGAUAUUAACAUCGAUGUGCUGGAUGACAAUUCACCCGGAUUGGUUGGAUUAACUAAUUCUUUGAAACACUCGCAGGCGAGUCUUAGUUCCGAGCCAGACUUCUUGCCAUUUUCCAAAGACCCAAGCGGUCGCUACAUUGUGCUUUACACCUUCAUUGCACGUGAUGAAAACGAUGUCUCUGUGGAACGAGGAGAAUUCGUUACAGUGCUGAAUCGCGAGGAUCCAGAAUGGUUUUGGAUAGUGAGGAGUGAUGGUCAGGAAGGUUUCAUACCGUCUGGAUUCGUUUAUCCAGCAGAGAACAUUCUGCAGGGCCAAACAAAACCAAAUCUUAGCGGCGGGAAUGUGGUCAACAAUAAUGUCAAUCCAGGCACCAAUGGUUCCCACACAAAUUUGACUCACAUGAACAAUGGCGUUACCAGUCUCGGGGGUAACGUUGGGUCUAAUUUAAACCCCACACAGCAGCAGCAGCAGCAGCAGCAGCAACAACAGCAAGCACAACAACCAGGAAUUGGUUCCGAUGAUUUGCGAUAUCACGGAACGGAACUCGUUAUGCUUUAUGACUAUAAGGCACAAGCACCAGACGAUUUGUCCGUACGACGUGGGGAUUGGAUAUAUGCCGAUUUGAACAACCAAACCGUAGACGGAUGGCUUUGGGCGUAUGCACCGAAAACCCGUAAAUAUGGCUUCAUUCCCAAAGCAUACGCUAGACCCCCGGCCAUGACCAGUUUGUAAGUUUAAGUAAAUUUGUUUUGAACGCGUAAUCUUCUUUUUAUCUAGUGUUAGUUCAUGAAAAUGCAAAUCGUUUUCCUCGUAAUUUUUAUCGCUCAAUAGUGAAACUGCUGGAAAAGUGAAAAGUUCUUCCAUUUUGAUAAAAAAAAUCUUUAGACUGUAAACUGAAGGUUGUAAAAUGUAACAGUACUUAAACAAAAUAUUAUAGAAGUUAAAUACUCCACUAGUUCGUAAGUAAUUUUAUUAUUUUAUGUCUACAAAUCAAAUAAAGGAAACAAUGUUUACAGAAAA